AUGUCUCACUGGCCCUCCAGCGACAUCAAUAUCAGCAUCGACGGUUCAUGGGACAAAGUAAAUAAAGCCGCCCACCCAACCACCCUCUCACCUUCUACACUCAGUUUAUUACAGCGCCUCACCACCCGUUUACCCACACACAAUAUCGCCGGCAUCCAACUACAGAUCGUGGAUAUUUAA